AUGAUGCAUAUAGGAAAGAGGGGCCUGACGAUGGUUGUCGGAGGUAUUAAUGGAAGGCAUGCGCACGUCGCCGCCAUGUUCCUGAGGUUAUAUAGUAUAAUACACGGCCCAAUACCGGCCAGAGAAAAGCAUCUGGCCAAGUGGUACUUCAAAAGGGCACAAGGUGGAGGCACAAGGCUUGUGUUCCGUUCGUCGUCGAAGCUGUUAUUAGGGUACCUACCGGCGUCGAAUGCGAAUCUCCUCAUGGUGAUCCCCAUCAAAGUUGUCGAGUCCCCCAUUUGGGCUUUGGUUGCAGAUCCAACGCCUGCUAUAUACGUGACACCUUGGCCGAGCACGAUGGACAGUGAGGCGGUUCACGAAGUCGCCGGUUUUUACAAAGAGAGCAUGAGAGACGCCUGUUUCUUAAACGAACCAGGCGUGGCUGCUGGCAAUCAAGUCAUGCCACAGAUGCCGCGUUGUGAUGAUCCAGUUCUUGUCGAAGCGCCUUUAACGAUACCAACCAAGCACUUAAUGGUUUCGAAUACUGGUCGACAUGAACGACCAUAUGGCUUGCUUCCCUCUUGA